AUGGACCUGGACGACUGGAGCGGAGUGACGGAUCCAGCCGAAAGGAGGAAGCGGCAGAAUCGUCUCCGUCAGCGCCUAGCACGUGAGAGAAAAAGGACCGCCGCCUUUGCAAAGCUUACGUCCAGUGUUGGUUCAUCAUGGAAUGGUUUCGGCAUUCUCAUUUCUGGAACAUCACACAAGUCUAUGGCUGGAGACAGAACUCUUGCCAUUUCCAACUGUGCAAAGCCUGAUUUAGUCGACGUCAGUGCUAUUGAGUCGUUCCAGACAACGACAGAGGGUUGGAAAGUAGAGAAAUGCUCAAUUAUACCACCUCUCUUGUUUUAUACGACUGCCGCGACUUUUGGACAGCCAACGCCUCCUCUCAUCUUCCCCCUAAGUCCAGAUCAUUUCUUACUCACAAUGGUUCAAUACAAUGUUCAACGCGCUUCGCUGUUCAAUAUGGCUGUUCUAUCCCUUCUAGAGCAUCUUCCUCUAGAAUGCGGGGGCACCCUCAACCUUCCAAGCCUCAACAUAGAUCCGCCCAGCAGCGUCCCGCCUGAGCUUCUGCCCACUGCUUUACAGAGAGCCACGCCUCAUGACUACUGGAUAGACGUAUUCCCAUGUCCCCCGAUGCGAGAUAAUCUGAUUCGCCUCAGCCGGCAAUAUGAUGCUCAUGACCUUCAACGCGACCUAGCGAAGAGCUUGUACGAAGGGUUUGUUGACGGAGAGCAACGCGGUUGUCUGGUCUGGGGUGAGCCAUGGACGGUCAAUGGAUGGGAAGUGAGCAGAGGAUUUGUUAGAAAGUGGGGGUUCUUACUCAAAGGCUGUUCGGAUCUCGUGGCAUCAACCAACCGUUGGAGGGAGUCGCGAGGCGAAGAUCCGCUGAUCAUAGAAAUUUGA